UUUUUUUUAUAAAUUUUGUGACAUGUAAAUGUUUUAGGAAUAAUAAAUACCAUUCAUUGGUGGCCCUUACAUAUUUCUACGACCUAGAUUCAAUCUCGGACCUCUCUAUAUUAAAAACCAUCAAAAACACAAUUUUCCAAAAAAAAAAAAUAUUUUAUUUUUAAUUAAAAAAAAAAACAUAUAUAUAAACCUCGUACUAGGACACACAAAAUUUGUCAAUCAUAAGCUCUCCGCAUCUUGUUUGUUUUUCUUGGGCAAUCUUUAAUUUCUCUCUGCAAAUUUUUAAAAAAGAAGUGAAAACUUCUACAGCAGAGAGAAAGGGUUGUUUUUUUUUCUUUUUUCGAUCGCUUCGGAAAAUAUAUAUAAUGGGUGCCUGCGCCAGCGUACCGAAGUCCAUGAGGGAUGAAGCCGCCGCCGUUCCACCACCGGAACCGGCCCAGGAGGAAAUCCCCGCCACCACCGCAGCGGCAGUGGAAACCACUGUGGCGGCGGAGGCCGAUAAGGAGGAAGUUGCGCCGGAGAAGAAGGUGGAAGAUGGGGACGACAAGCUCGAAAAUAAGGCCGUAGAGGUUGAAGCGCCAAAAGAAGCCGCCGCGGAAGUAGAAAGUGAGAAGUUGAAGGCGGAAGAAGCUCCAGCGAAAGCGGAGCCGGCAGCUGCUGCCGCUGAGGAGGAGGAGAAGAAAACACAAACCGAAGAAGCUCCAGCGAAAGCGGAGCCGGCAGCUGCCACCACAGAGGAGGAGGAGAAGGAGAAGAAAACACAAGCAGCGGAACAAAUAUGAUUUGAGAGCUUAUGAUUUACUUUUUUUUUGCCUGCUAAUUCGUAGUAAUAGGGUAUUUUCUUUUCUAAAUAUUUUGUUUUUUAUUUAUUUAAUAUUUUCCUUUUUGUACGAAUUAAUUGUUACUUGAGAUUAAUAUUCAAGGUUCUAUAUUCGUUUA